AAAACCAGCAGAAAAACUGCGCUUUGUUUUGGUUUUAUUCGCUUGAUAAAAUCAAAUCCCGUACCGAUAAGAUCGUGGAAAAGUUAUCAAAUUGCUUGAUUUCAACCAUUAUUCAGUAGUGAAACAUGUCUUAUCAGUUGUAUAGAAACACCACGCUCGGAAAUACGCUGCAGGAAACAUUGGACGAACUUAUUCAGUAUGGCCAAAUUACUCCGGCAUUGGCAGUCCGUGUGCUGGUACAGUUCGACAAGUCCAUCAAUUCGGCGUUAUCGAACCGAGUUAAAUCGAGAGUUACCUUCAAAGCCGCCAAACUGAACACAUACCGGUUCUGUGACAAUGUGUGGACCCUAAUGUUGAACGAUGUCGAGUUCCGGGAGGUGCACGAGUUUGCCAAAGUGGAUAAAGUCAAGAUUGUGGCAUGCGAUGGCAAGAAUGCAAACGUGAACGAUGAUAUCGGUCGAACUGAUCGAUAAGGUCCUCGGAUGGGUUUCUAACGGCAUUUAGGAGUUCUUGAAUGUGUUUUUCUCUUUUUCCUCUAUGUAUGUAUAAUGUCCACGACGAUUUAGGGAUUUUCUACUAGGGUAUAGCAGUAUGAAUAAAUAAAGAAGUAUUUCAAGUAUAA